AAUUAUUGCCACCAUGUUUCAACUGUACAAACAAUACUACUGCUACUGCUACUACUAAUAUUGCUGCUGCUGCUACUGCUGCUACUACUGCUAAUGCUAAUGCUGCUGCUGCUGCUACUGCUACUAUUGUUGCUGCUGCUGCUGCUGCUACUGCUGCUGUUGUUACUGUUACUACUGCUACUGCUACUGCUACUGGGUUUUUCCCUGCCAAAUUAUUAUAUUAUGUAACGUUAUAAUUAUUGCCACCAUGUUUCAACUGUACAAACAAUACUGCUACUGUUGCUGCUGCUGCUACUACUACUACUACUACUACCACCAGUUUUGGCCCCCAACGCAUCUGCUGAUGUGCGUGCGUGUGCAUAGACGUACGGGCUUCAAUUUUUGUAGGGGGAGGGUGGGGGGGGGGGGGGCUGGAUGAUGUCUGCCGUAAUUAAACGAAAAUGCCCGAUCCUAUUAGAUUACGCCAAACUGUUUAUAGGUUUACAAACGAAUCACUAUGCAUUUUUACAUGGGUUACAUAGUAGGUAGAAUGAUGGAAAUGCAUAGUGAAAAGGUUUCAGGAUUUACCGGAAUAUCUGUUCUUUUCUUUUUUUGGCCCGAAUUUGAGGAUUUGCUCCAACCCGGGGGAGGGGGAGGGAGGUGAGUUGUGCCUCUGCCCUUGUUUCGUGUGUGUGUGUGUGUGUGUGUGUGUGUGUGUGUGUGCGCGCGCGUGUGUAUGCGUGUCUACGUGUGUAUCUGUGAUUGAUCUUAUCAUCUGAUUUUUUUUUUCAGCAUUGAUUUCCUCCCCAUUAGUUCGAAGAUUCGGAACCACAAUGUGUUGUGUUGUUGGAGGGUUCAUGGCCACUGUCAGCGUGUUGGCCGCUUCUUUUUUGAACAGUAUACCCGGUCUGAUCACUCUGGUUGGAGCCGCCUCGGGAUUCAGCCUUUCCUUUUGCCACCUUGCGUCGUAUGUGACAAUCCGCGAGGUGUUCUGGGACAGGCCUGGCUUCGGCGAAGCGGUGGUCAUGGCAGGAGGGGGGCUGGGGGGGUUCUGCAUGCCAAUGUUCAACACCUUUCUCCUGGAAGAGUUCGGCUGGAGGGGAACCUUUCUGUUACUCAGCGGUCUACUGUUUAACAUCUGCCUGUUAGGAAUGAUCACCCACACAUUCAAACGACUCUGCCUUCAGUCCGAUCGCUGUGACAAGGAUGCCGAUGUUCUUUCAGAGAAUGCAAGAACAAACGCUAUGUAUGGAUGACCAAUUUGAAAACCACAGUCAAGAAGACAAUAACACGAAAAACGAUCUUAAAGUCAAAACACUGCCUCUUUGUGAAACUAAUAACACGGAAGAAAGCACCCUUGAUGGCGGAUCAAGGCAAGGGCGUAACAUUUUCCAAGAUGAUGGAAUGAGAAAGCUAAACGAGUGCACUGAUGUUCAGAUUCAAAACCACUGUCACCGCUACGGAAAGCAAACUGAACUUGAUGGCAAACAAAAAAUUGAACUUGAUGGCAAGCAAAUUAAACUUGAUGACAAGCACACUGAACUUGAUGACAAGAAAACUGAACUUCAUGGCAAGCAAAUUAAACUUGAUUGCAAGCAAAUUGAACUUGAUGGUGAAGCAAGACAAGAAAGCGAUGACGUCCAAAUUAACAGUGACAGAAAGUCGUCUCAAGAACUCGACAACGAACCUUACAGAAAUGACGGAAUUCGCUGCAAUCGAGAAUCAAACGAACAUGGCGAGGAUGUUCAUGUUGACGGGCAACUAGUAUCACAACAAAGCAAGGAUGUUCGGAAUCAGAAGGACUUGAAAACCGGCCAACGUCAGCAUGGCCAGAGCAAGAUGGCGUCUGUGUAUUCCUAUUUGGGCUUGCGAGUCUUUAAGAAUAUAUCGUUCAUCGUUUUCGCACUAGAAGAGGUACCAACGUGGAUGUGUCUCACAGCCGAAGUGUUCCUGCUUAUGGACAUCGUAGGAGAGAAAGGAUACGACCUGGUGGCUGGAUCCUACUUUCUGUCGGCUUACUCGAUGGCGUCUGUCUUUGGAAAUUUGUUCGGCGGGUUCUUGACGUCCGUCUUUCACAUACGGGGACUCGUAUUGGCUGGCGUCGGCACCUGCUGCGCGGGCGGUGCAGCGCUCGCUAUUUCGUUCGUGGGUAGUUUCCUCCCACUGAUGGCGCUGAUGGUUUUGGCGGGAUUUCUGCUGGGGCUGCUCUCGCUCUGCAACCCUGUCAUCGUGCUGGAGCUGGUCGGUUUAGAAUAUUAUGCCACUUCUCUCGGUCUCUUGUUUGGAAUUUCUGGAUUUUCUGACUUCAUCAGUGGGCCAGUAGGAGGCACUAUUCGUGACGUCAGCGGAAGCUACAAUCUGAUGCUCUAUGGGAUAGCUGGCGUGUUCGUUUUUAACGGAUUCGUCAAGUUUUUCCUGGCAUGGCUAAGCUCAAAGCAAUCUCACAAAGAAGAAGAGCGACAUGUGGCUAAAGAAACAGUCAUCACUCGCUUGUAAAAUAUAUAACUGGAGACCAGUUUUGAGUCCCAGCCCCCAUACGCGCCGUUGCCCAUUCGCUUCUACGUGGUUGCUUCGCUCUGCCGCUUUGCGGUUUGCUUUGCGGUUUGCUUUGCUGAUCAGUGCUCUGCUUGGCGCUGAGCGCGCAGCGCGAGCCCCUGGUACAAAUAGCGUGAUUUAAACUAAAGAAUUUAGUCCAUCUUUCAGAUGCUGUUAACUUGAGUUCUAGGUUUCAGCUAAGCGGUUUCCGCGACGCUGUCGUUCCUCAAGUUACCAAAUCUCAUCAGGUUCCGACAGGGCACAAUAUUUCGCGUAAAUUUAAUUUUGCGUAACCGACACGCGAACAGAACGGCCGUUCGCGUGUCGGUUACGCAAAAUUUAAUUUACGCGAACCGCAAAUCGGCUACGUCGCGACCUGUAGACGUUCAGAAAUUAAACCUUGCAAACUUCUCUAUUACAGGAAGUUUAUUAUACAGUUGAGUAUUGUAAUUUCGAGACCCUAAAUAUUGACUACUAUUCCGACAAAUGUUUUAGACUGAUUUGUGGAUACUCGAUGCGCAGCAAACCAGUAGACAACGUAAUAUUGCAACAGUUGUAACUUGCGACUAGUCUAAACUAAAAUGUUCAGUAUAGAGUCGAGCCAAAAAGGUUUAAAGAAAUGAGCACGGACCGCUGUGGGCGCCUAAAUUAUCUACUUCUAUUUUAGCUCUAAGGAAUAUAUAUUAGACAUAAUUUUUUAUAAAUGUUGAAAACGGCUUUAACGUAAACAGGAAUCUAAAAGUGUCACAAAAGUUGAAAAAUACUAACAUUGCAUAACGAGCUUUAAAAACAAACAUUUGCAACAUGACUGUAGUAUAGAAGUACAAUCGAUAAAGUGAAAGUACCGCAAAACGAGAAAAGGAAUCUGGAAGUGUAUCUAUUUUGUUUCAGUACUGGGGCGAAUAUUUAGUCCUUUUACAAUAUCGUUAACUUUAUCAAGCAUUAAAGACUCUGUUUUAUAAAAAAAA